UUCCUGUUUUAACUCGCUUUCGCAAUGUUCCCACCUGGAUAUUUUUAUAUUAUCUCGCGUAAACACGGCUAUGCUCUCGAUGUUUAUGAUGGCCAAACAAAGGCUGAUGCAAACAUUAUCGUGUGGCCACAGAAAUUCUCUGAUUCGGACAAUCAAUUGUGGUCUUACGAUCAAGGACGUAUCGUGAAUAAGAAAUCUGGCCAUGUUUUGGACAUCAGAUCAAGCGCUUUCAAGAAGGACAAGGCGAUCAUUCAGAAUAAGCGGAAAGACAAGAAUCAAUCUCAAGAGGUCAGAUAACACGAUAUUGUUGAGAAAAAUAUAAUCUAGUACAGAAUUGGCAAAGAAAAAUUUAUUGACAUUGGCUUAAUUUGUUCAGUGGGGAUUUGACAAUGGGCAC